GGUCUGUUUCAUGUGGUUAACAAUACUGUUAUUGAACCCAUUGAAGUGGAAACUGGAUUACACGACACCAGCAUAUUUAGGCCGGCCUUUAGGUCGAUGUCCCAAAAUGUUGUCAUUGAUUUUAGUUUUAAGUUGAUUAAAUUUUUCAACGAUCCCAAUUGUCGUAUAUUUCAAGCAAUGAACGGCCUGUCCAUACCCGGUCAUACAUUUGGUCCCGGUGCUGAUAAAUCAGAUAAAAUCUAUGCAUUUGAAGGCAACAUUUGUAGCAUAAAAUACGCCAAAUACCUGAGCUACGCCCUAUCCCGAUACGUACCAGUGUGGCGUUUCAUAAUGCCCCGGGACAUGAUGUCGGCACCCGAAAAAAAUCGUAACAACAAAUGUCUGUGCACUACACCCUACAAUCCUGAACUGUGCCAGGGUAUGGUCGAUUUGGGACCAUGUACGUUUGGCGCACCCAUAUCCCUGACCUAUCCGCACUUUUUGCAUGCAUCCCACAAAAUCAGACAAACCGUCUUUGGAUUGGAACCGAUUGCCGACAAACACCAGCCCUAUCUGGAUGUACAUCCGACACUUGGACUACCUAUCAACGCAAUGGUCAGACUGCAAGUUAAUCUGCUUAUUGAACCGUUAUCUCAAUUAGUCGGUUUCGGUGAUCUAAGCGAAGCUAUACUACCGUUCCUCUGGUUUGAACCGGAGAUUCAUUUUGAUGGUGUAAUGGCCUAUUUGCCGGCACUGGGCUUAUAUCCGCUUAUGGCGCUAGACUAUGGUGCGUUUGGCAUAAUGUUUAUGGGACUGGCAUUAAUUGUAUUGGCCCGUCUAUACGCCCACAACAAGCGUAACAUUCUUUCCUCACCAUCAGCACCACCACAACCCGUUAGGCCUGUCCAGCGUAGCCCUGAGCUAAUCAACUCUAAUGUCCGUAAUAUUGACAAUAACAAUAAUAUUAAUAAUAAUAAUAACAUAUAUCCGAUCACCACAAUCAGCGAUAAGGUGUUACCAUUUAGUAGUGAAAAAUCGGCUAAAAUUACCGACGAUACCGAUGCGGUAUCAGCUGACCAGUGGUCGCGACCGCCGGCCUAUUCGUCUCCCAGUGAAAAAUAUUAUGUAAAACGGGCCCAUUUUGGUACACAAACAUCGCCGCUGAAUGUGGGCCGCCGAUUGACCAGUGCUGACCGAAAACGGGAAGUUCAGUCACCUCCCGGUUCAAUACAGUAA